AUGACUGCCCGAGGUCAGACCUCAGGUGGGCUGUCAGGGUCCCAGGAAAUUGAGAAUCUCUGGCUCCUGGAGACACUGGAAGCCACAGAGGCUUGUCACGUGGCUCGAUUGUCAGGGGAUCGCAACUUGCAUCGUUCUCUGACAACUGCAGUCGGCUCUGCAAGUGGCCACAUAAUCUCAGAUCCUGAUGGGGAUUUUGGGGACCUACUAGGGGAUCCUGUGCAGUCGGUGGCCAAGCUUUCGAGCAAGGAGUGCAAGUUCCUGCAGAAGGGGAAGGAGGUGCGCCUCGGGAAGGGCACGUACGGGCGCGUGGUGCGCGUGAGCUACAAGGGCAAGGAGUGCGCCCUCAAGCUGGCCGCCCCCGGCUCCAAGGUGGUGUUCGAGCACGAGAUGGAGAUGCUGAGGCGGCUGCAGGGCGCGGGGGGAGCGCCCAUGGCCUUGGCGUACAGUGAGGAUCCGUCGUGCCUCCUGAUGACGUACCUGGGCAAGGAGUGCCUGGCCGACGUGCUGAGUGCGCAGCGCAGCCAGAAGCAGCUCCUGCAGCUGAGCGUGAAGCUGGCGGAGGCCGUGGCGGCCGUGCACGCCGCCGGCAUCGUGCACUGCGACCUGAAGCCCACCAACGUGAUGGUGCAGCUGCGCGGCGCAGCAGGAGCGCCGUCGGUGCACAUCAUCGACUUCGGGAUGGCACUUCCCGUGGGCCAGUGCCAUCCCGAGAGCAGCAAAGGGCGGCAGUCGUGGUACUGCGCGUGCGUGCACCAAGGCACGCCGCUGACGGAGUAG